AUGGGCCGCCCGGAUACCCAAGAUACCCAAGAUGUUGAAUCGAACCACGGAUCGUCUGCCUGGCGCGGCUGGGCGACUGUCUUACUCUGGAGUGUGUUGGGCUACCUGUGCAUCAUUGUGAUGGUCGUCGGCUACUAUAAUCCGUCUCUGUUUCCAAUUGAUCCGACUGCGCUGGUGUUCAACAAGAAUAUUUCUCCGUUCUUUGCCUUCUCGCAAGGAUCGGGCCAUUACCCCAAACCACACGGCGUCAAGAUCGUCGCACUGGUCCCUUUCCACUAUCAUGAGCGAACUGAAAUUCUAGACUGCUAUUUACAGAAAAAUCUGGUUCGCAACCACGGCUUCCUUGACCAGGUCGUUUUUAUUCCUCAGACAUCGGAUCCAGUUAGCCUGGAAUGGCUCUAUUCGUUAGUCAAGCAGACUCCCGGGUAUGCUAUUUCACCGCCCGGUCAUGGUAUGGAGUGGCAUAUUGCCAAAGACAAUGUCAUGUACAUUCGCAUCGACGGCGAUGUCGUCUUUUUUGAGGACCACACCAUCCCCACGAUUGUGAAAACGAAACUGGACAAACCCAACUCACUGAUGGUGUCAGCCAACGUUGUGAACGAGGCUGCACUUGCCUCACUUCAUAGUCACCCGGGUAUCGCCCUUCCAUAUCUCCCAGAGCUGCACCAUAUCAAACAGUCCUCCCGUUCCAAGUUACAACUGAGCCAGGAUUGGCGCGCUUCGAGUCUUCCACAGUGGCGUGGACCAGCAAGCUUCAGGGUCCAAAAGGGAUUUAAGCCCCCCUUUCAGGGGCAUCGUUGGCUUCUACCCGCGGAAGCAGGUUCAGAUCGAGAUCCCAUUGCAGGAUCGAUGUACACGGACACCGGCCCUUCACUCCAUGACUGGACCGUCAGCGCUCAGCAACACUAUUCUUUCCUACAUCAUCUCGAGUACAAGGAUUUGGUUCAUUACAAGUUCCCGUUAUGGACGGAUCCGACAGAACCCAUCAGCCAGAACUUUGGCUGUUUCUGGGGCCGUGAUGCGGAGGCUCUUAGCGAGAUUUUCGACCACCCCAGUGAAAAUCUAACCAACUCGUGGAGCGGACCUGAUGGCUCUCUUCCGCACGUCACUAUCGAUGGCAAGGGUCUAGUGUCUCAUUACUCGGCUCGUUUGGGGCUUGAUGGGCUGGACUCAACAGAUCUUUUGGACCGAUACCGAGCCUAUGCGCAGGAGAAGGUUUGCCUGCAGACACCGUGA